GGAGUCCGCGCCGCCUUUUCGCGCGGCCCGCACGGGGCCCAGCUGACGGCCGCGUUGUUUACGGGCCUGAGCAGCCCUCGCUCCCGCCGCCCAGGUGCCCGCCCGCGCGUCCGUCUGCCCGCGCGCCCCCCGGUCCCAGAGUCCGCACAUCGCGGCCCGGAGCGCGAGGGCCCGAGCGCCAAGAGCCCGGGGCGCAGCGCGGAGCUUAGGGGCCUGAGGUCGCAGGCCGGGCCGGGCCGGGCUGCGGUGGCCGGGAAGGGAUCUGGGCCGCCCUCGCCGAGCCGCGCCACCGCGUUUGGAGCGAUCCAGGCCGCGCGCCCUCCCCGGCGGUGCCCAGGCCUCUCCCGUGCUCGCUGCGGCCCGGCGUGGGACGGAAAGAAGGACGCGCAGCCCCGGAGCCUCCCGGGCGGCCACCUCAGAUGAUGUUCCCCGCGGGCCGGCGCCGCGCGCUCUGAUCUGCGGGGACCCCGCGCUCUGGGAGCCAUGGGCGCCGGGGGCGCGCGGGAGGCGCCGGGCGCGCCGCUGCUGCUGGUGGCGGUGGCCGCGCUGCUGGUGGGCGUCACGGGCCACCUGUACCCUGGAGAGGUGUGUCCGGGCAUGGACAUCCGGAACAACCUCACCAGGCUGCACGAGCUGGAGAACUGCUCCGUCAUCGAAGGCCACUUACAGAUCCUCCUGAUGUUUAAGACGAAGCCAGAAGACUUCCGUGACCUCAGCUUCCCCAAGCUUGUGGUGAUCACCGACUACCUGUUGCUCUUUCGGGUCUACGGGCUGGAGAGCCUCAAGGACCUGUUCCCCAACCUCACCGUCAUCCGGGGCUCCCGCCUCUUCUUCAACUAUGCGCUGGUGGUCUUCGAGAUGGUGCACCUCAAGGAGCUGGGCCUCUACAGCCUCAUGAACAUCACGCGCGGCUCCGUGCGUAUCGAGAAGAACAACGAGCUGUGCUACCUGGCCACCAUCGACUGGUCGCGCAUCCUGGACUCCGUGGAGGACAACUACAUAGUACUGAACAAGGACGACAACGAGGAGUGCGGGGACAUCUGUCCGGGCGCCGCCAAGAGCAAGACUCAUUGCCCCUCCACGGUCAUCAACGGGCAGUUUGUGGAGCGAUGCUGGACCCACACUCACUGUCAGAAAGUCUGCCCGACCGCCUGUAAGUCCCACGGCUGUACCGCUGAAGGUCUCUGCUGUCACAGCGAGUGCCUGGGCAACUGUACGGAGCCCGACGACCCCACCAAGUGCGUGGCCUGCCGCAACUUCUACCUGGAUGGCAGGUGUGUGGCGACCUGCCCGCCACCCUACUACCACUUCCAGGACUGGCGCUGCGUGAACUUCAGCUUUUGCCAGGACCUGCACAAUAAAUGCAAGAACUCUCGCAGGCAGGGCUGCCACCAGUACGUCAUCCACAACGACAGGUGCAUCCCCGAGUGUCCCUCUGGAUACACGAUGAAUUCCAGCAACUUGAUGUGUACCCCAUGCCUGGGCCCCUGUCCCAAAGUCUGUCAUCUCCUGGAAGGUCAGAAGACCAUCGACUCGGUCACCUCGGCCCAGGAGCUUCGAGGCUGCACGGUGAUCAACGGGAGCCUCAUCAUCAACAUCCGGGGAGGCAAUAACCUAGCAGCAGAGCUGGAGGCGAACCUUGGCCUCAUUGAAGAGAUUUCAGGGUAUCUAAAAAUCCGCCGGUCCUAUGCCCUGGUAUCACUUUCUUUCUUCCGGAAGUUGCGCCUGAUUCGAGGGGAAACCUUGGAAAUUGGGAACUACUCGUUCUACGCCUUGGACAACCAGAACCUGAGGCAGCUGUGGGACUGGAGUAAGCACAACCUCACCAUCACGCAGGGGAAGCUGUUCUUCCACUACAACCCCAAGCUCUGCCUGUCCGAGAUUCACAAGAUGGAAGAGGUCUCGGGGACCAAGGGCCGCCAGGAGAGGAAUGACAUCGCACUCAAGACCAACGGGGACCAGGCGUCCUGUGAAAAUGAAUUACUCAAAUUCUCUUUCAUCCGUACAUCUUCUGACAAGAUCUUGCUGAGAUGGGAGCCCUACUGGCCGCCUGACUUCAGGGACCUCCUUGGAUUCAUGCUUUUCUACAAAGAGGCCCCAUAUCAGAACGUGACCGAGUUCGACGGGCAGGACGCGUGCGGCUCCAAUAGCUGGACCGUGGUGGACAUUGACCCACCCUUGAGAUCCAAUGACCCCAAGUCCCAGAACCACCCUGGGUGGCUGAUGAGGGGUCUCAAGCCCUGGACCCAGUACGCCAUCUUUGUCAAGACCUUGGUCACCUUUUCUGACGAGCGUCGGACCUACGGGGCCAAGAGUGACAUCAUCUAUGUGCAGACGGAUGCCACCAACCCGUCUGUUCCACUGGACCCCCUCUCCGUGUCUAACUCCUCGUCCCAGAUCAUUCUGAAGUGGAAGCCGCCCUCGGACCCCAACGGCAACAUCACGCACUACCUGGUCUAUUGGCAGAGGCAGGCGGAAGACAGCGAGUUGUACGAGCUGGAUUACUGCCUCAAAGGGCUGAAGCUGCCCUCCAGGGCGUGGUCGCCGCCGUUGGAGUCCGAUGAUGCCCAGAAGCACAACCAGAGCGAGUACGAGGAUGCGGCCGGCGAGUGCUGCUCCUGCCCCAAGACCGACUCUCAGAUCCUGAAGGAGCUGGAGGAGUCCUCCUUCCGCAAGACCUUCGAGGAUUACCUGCACAACGUGGUCUUCGUGCCCAGGCCCUCCCGGAAACGCAGGUCCCUUGGCGAGGUGGCGAACGGGACCGCAUUGGUGCCCACGGCACCCAGCUUCCCUGGCGUCUCCACCCCCAGCGUGCCCGGCAGCCAGGAGGAGCCCAGGCCCUUCGAGAAGGUGGUGAACAAGGAGUCGCUGGUCAUCUCGGGCCUGCGCCACUUCACCGGCUAUCGCAUUGAGCUGCAGGCCUGCAACCAGGGCGCCCCGGAGGAGAGGUGCAGUGUGGCCGCCUACGUCAGCGCCCGGACCAUGCCUGAAGCCAAGGCGGAUGACAUCGUCGGCCCUGUGGCCCACGAAAUCUUUGACAACAAUGUUGUUCACUUGAUGUGGCAAGAACCGAAGGAGCCCAACGGCCUGAUCGUGCUGUACGAAGUGAGCUAUCGGCGCUACGGGGAAGAGGAGAUGCAUCUGUGCGUGUCCCGCAAGCACUAUGCCCUGGAGCGCGGCUGCAGGCUGCGAGGGCUGCAGCCCGGUAACUACAGCGUGCGCAUCCGCGCCACCUCCCUGGCGGGAAACGGCUCCUGGACCGAGCCCACCUACUUCUACGUGACGAAUUAUUCAGAUGUCUCAUCAAAUAUUGCAAAGAUGAUCAUCGGCCCCCUCAUCUUCGUCUUUCUCUUCAGUGUUGUGAUCGGGAGUAUUUAUCUAUUCCUGAGAAAGCGACAGCCAGACGGACCGAUGGGACCGCUAUAUGCUUCCUCAAACCCAGAGUACCUCAGUGCCAGCGACGUGUUCCCGUGUUCUGUGUAUGUGCCGGACGAGUGGGAGGUGCCUCGAGAGAAGAUCACCCUCCUGCGAGAGCUGGGGCAGGGCUCCUUCGGCAUGGUGUAUGAGGGGAAUGCCAAGGACAUCAUCAAGGGGGAGGCAGAGACUCGUGUGGCGGUGAAGACGGUCAAUGAGGCGGCCAGUCUCCGGGAGAGGAUCGAGUUCCUCAACGAGGCUUCAGUCAUGAAGGGCUUCACCUGUCACCACGUGGUCCGCCUCCUGGGGGUGGUGUCCAAGGGCCAGCCAACACUGGUGGUGAUGGAGUUGAUGGCCCAUGGAGACCUGAAGAGCUACCUCCGUUCCCUGCGGCCAGAGUCUGAGAAUAACCCUGGCCGCCCUCCCCCUACACUGCAAGAGAUGAUUCAGAUGGCGGCGGAGAUUGCUGAUGGGAUGGCAUACCUGAACGCCAAGAAGUUUGUACACCGGGACCUGGCAGCUCGAAACUGCAUGGUCGCCCACGAUUUUACCGUCAAAAUCGGAGACUUUGGAAUGACGAGAGACAUCUACGAAACGGAUUACUAUCGGAAGGGAGGCAAAGGCCUGCUCCCCGUACGGUGGAUGGCACCAGAGUCCCUGAAGGACGGGGUCUUCACUGCUUCUUCCGACAUGUGGUCCUUUGGUGUGGUUCUUUGGGAAAUCACCAGCCUGGCAGAACAGCCUUACCAAGGCCUGUCCAAUGAGCAGGUGUUGAAAUUUGUCAUGGAUGGAGGGUACCUGGACCAGCCCGACAACUGCCCUGAGAGAGUCACUGACCUGAUGCGCAUGUGCUGGCAGUUCAACCCCAAGAUGCGGCCGACUUUCUUGGAGAUCGUCAACCUGCUGAAGGAUGACCUUCACCCCAGCUUCCCAGAAGUCUCCUUCUUCCACAGUGAGGAGAACAAGGCCCCCGAGAGCGAGGAGCUGGAGCUAGAGUUCGAGGACAUGGAGAACGUGCCCCUGGACCGGUCCUCGCACUGUCAGAGGGAGGAGGCUGGGGGCCGGGAGGGAGGAUCCUCAUUGGGCAUCAAGCGGACCUACGAAGAGCACAUCCCUUACACCCACAUGAACGGGGGCAAGAAGAACGGGCGGAUUCUGACCCUCCCUCGCUCCAGCCCUUCCUAAUGGCACCUGUCUGGGGAAAGGCUUCCCGAGAUUGUCCACUUCCCUCUGGUUUGAACAGAAAACUCAGGAUUCUCACAACUCUCCCCUGAUGUCAAAUGGAGCUCAGGUGGCCCCUGGGUGUUUGGUGUUCAUCUUUUGACCUAAAGUGUACGGAUGUCAUUGGCAACUCACUCACUGUCGUCAGAGGCUUUAACUGUGAACCCAGAGGGGACGGGCUUUCCACAGCUGCUGCCUGUUUGGGGCAUAAACAGUUUCAAACCAGGACUCUUUUUUUUUUUUUUUUUUUUUUUCUGUUUUUGUAGGAGAUUGAAAAGAAAAAAAAAAACCACCUGUUUUACAGAUUUUUUUUUUCUUUUGCUGGUGUCUGAGCUAUAAGAUAAAUCUUAUUUGUGGCACAAAGGUUGGCAAGAAAGAAGAAACAAAACCCUGUUCCAGAAUUCCAAGCGUGACAGGGUGAGCUUUGAGAAGAUAUUUUUCUCAUCCAGGUGGAAGGAUUUUAUUUUAUUUUUAUUUUUCUUAUUCACAAAAUCGGUUCCUCAAAUCGACCAAUAGCUGCUGCUUUCCUGUUUUUGAUAAAGGGUAUGCAAUCCCGACGUGUGUGCACAUACACACGUGUGCAUCAGUGUACAUGUGUGUCCAGUUUAGAGACUGCUGGUGUGUGUCUGUGUGUGCGUGUGCGUGUGCGCAAAAUAUUCGUGCUGGAUUGAUGUUUUGGGUACUGGCUCAUGAAGGUUCUGCUGUUCGGUAUGUUUAGACUCACAGCCUCCUCGCGCUCCUUCCGUAUUUAUGGGAGACUGUGUCCUCUCUGGACUCUUCUCAUGGUGAGAAUCUUGCCUUCGCUGUCUUCUCUUCCUUCCCUUUGGUGGUGAAAUGUUUUCCAGGUGCUAAUUGACAAGCACUUGGAGUGAUCCUGGAUCUCUGGAAGACCAAAAAAUCCAGAAUAAAAAACAAAAGAAGAAGAAGAAAAAGGAGGAAGAGGAGAAGGAGUGAGGGAGGAGGAAGAGGGAAAAGAAGAGGGAGAAGAAAGAAAACAAAAACUGAGGCGACGAGUGUACUGAGAAUAUAUUUGCAGCGUGUUUAAUUUUUCAGCAAUCUCUGGCUCUAGCCUGAUAAGUUAUUGACUAUUUCCCGGGUGUUGGGUGGGAGGUGGUGAGUGGGUCUCCCUGUGGGGGCAACGGGGGCGGGACACACACGUCCUCGUUGGGUUUUACAGACAUCCGUUUUCUGGGAAUGAUGCCACAUUAGCUGCUAACCCUUUUUGGACAUCUUGAGGUCACGCGGAGGCUGAGAGCAACUGGGUUUCGUGGGUGGCCCGGUUCAGUUCCUAAAGUCUGCUGACAGUUUCCUGUGAGGAUAAGCUGGUGAUUCCCUAGAGCUGAGCCUGCCUUUGAGAACACCUGUGUUCACCCGCUGGUUCUCUGUGUGUACCUCACCUCUGAGGCACUUCUCCUCCUGGGUGUGUACCUUCUUCAGUUAUUAUGCAAACACAACAAAAUCUGGUCCAAAGACUGACGACAUGGAUGGACUUCACCAAUACUAAGCAAUAUUCGAGGAGCUACCCUGAGACUACCUGUCGGUGCCCUUCUACUCUUGGGGUCUCUGACUGUCCUCAGAACCAAACUCCCAGAGCUACACAGGGCCCAGGGACCACAGCUGGGCCAGAUGUGGUGCCUGAGUGUGUUUCUCAGGCACUUGUCGUGUCACAGGCCCUAAGAGACUUCACGUCUGGAGGAGAAACCAUCAAAGGCCUUCCCGUCAAUGAGAACUUCCACAUGGAUGUGAAUCCACUGUUUCUUCUUCAUGUGAAAAGAACCACAGCUGCUCCAGUGAAGAAUAUGGUGACCCCACUGCUUGGGGUCAUUGGAACGAUCACCCUAGAGUUAUCCCUGAGUGCAUUUUCUUGUAAGUGUUCAAUUGCUUCCUUCUCUUCUUAGGAGUCAUGGGAUAGAGACAUAAUGGCAACCUCCGAGCUCUCUCAAUUGAGAACACAGGUAGACGCAAAUCCCAAUUGCAUAUUGCUAUUAUUUAUAUGAUUUGAGAAAUUGCAGUGUGUAAAGUACAGCUGGGGGAGCAUCUACGGUGGGUACAAGACUCAAGAGUACAGAAAUUAUUUUUUGCCAAAAUGAAUUUGUAAAUAGAAGAGGGUCUGUACGUAAAUUAAAGACACACAUAGAUCUAGGUAUUUUGUUCUUUUCAGAGAAAAUUUGUAGUGGUCCUAUACUACAGUAGCAGCAAUUUUCACAUUUUUCUAAUUCAGAAAGGUUUUUCUUAUAUUACUGGGGGAAAGUAUUUAUUUUAAUAUAUAAAAUCACUCUAAAAUCACUUUCGUAAAAAACAGUGCAUGUAAAUUUUUAUCAAGGAAAAGUAAACAGGUGAGUGUGGGUAGUGAUUUUUUUUUUAUCAGCACAGUCUACCUCAGUGUACUGUUAGGAUGUGGUUCAAUACAGACAUCUUUGGGAUAUCAGAAUUCCUUUUGGAUCCAAUCUGUAUCAGGGAAAAAUAGGUAUCAAAGGACUCUGGACGCCAGGGACCAGUAAGGAUUUCGAAGGAUGGAGUUGGGGUGGAGAAAGUUGUGGCCUUCAUGUGAACAUAAAUCCUUUUACUCCUGGCUGCUAAUAUUCUCUAAAUUUAAUCUUCAUUUGGAAAUGAAAUCUAUCUUUGACACUGUGCUCCCCAAACAUAACCCAUGUUGUAGGCCUUGGUGACAUAUCUGACACAUGGGGGUAUGGUCUGUCUUGUGUUGAGAGGUCAGUGUCCCAGGCCCUGUUGAGGCCAGAUAGGCUUUGACUCACAGCCAGUACCUCACCUGUCCCACUAAGUACCCCCAAAGGGAGCACAAAGGUGCCCGGUCCUCUGAUGGUUUGUUUCCAUUCCUUUCAGACUGGUGAUAUUCUGUUCUUGGGCACCUCAUGUAUAACACCUAGAGCAAUUAGGGCAGUGCCUCUUAUUUUUUUUCUCUGAGUGGAAAGGACACAUCUUGGGAAACCCCACUCUAAAACUCAUCAGCAUGCUGACAACAAAAACUGGGACCCAAGUGAAGGUUUGGCUGAUCCCAAGCUGAUACUGACUGACUUUGUGCAACUUUGAAAACCCAUCUGAACCCACUUGUUGUCACACUCGCCAGACCUCAUUGCUGUCUUGCUUUUAGACGCUGCCCUUCAGGCUCACCCUUCUUCAGCUGCCCUGGAGAGUAGUGGUGCGCUGGUCCCACCCUGUGCAGAUGGGGCUUCACUGAUUACACUCGGACGUCUACUACUGCAUGGAAAAGACCAAGCAGUUGAAGGACAACGCAUUUCCUUUUAGCGUCAGGAAUUGUUCGUUUUGGAAACAACAGAACUUUGGCUGUAGAAAGGCACAGGUUUCUUGGGAGUUUGUGUAAGGGGUUACAAAAAAAAAAAAAAAAAGCAACAAGAUCAGAUUAGGUUGACAUUUCCUGUUGGUUUUUUAAAGAAGGCUCACUCCUAUAAAACAUUUUCCCUUAACGUGAGACCCAUGAUGUAGUAGUUUCUUCUUCUGGGAGAAGAAUGCCAGACAUUGCUUUUCUCCAUGGAUCAGUGAUGUCAUCCAAUACUAGGAAAUACUCAUUUUGGGGGCAGCUGUCCUAGGUGCUGUCCGGUCAUUUGAAGUUAGUACAAAGGGGAAGCAUUGCUGGUUCUCUGGAUACAGGCUGGGCACAACUGACUGAACAGGUGGGAACCGUUGCAAGGGUCUGCAUGUAAAAUGCUGUGGCUGCUGGGAAUUCUGCCACCAGCCGAUGGACAGAUCUUCUGCUCUGUCCUGCCAGGGCACUGUGAGAUGCAUGUAUUAGGUUGGGUGCUGUUUAUUUCAUCCCUUUGUGACACUGGACACUGGCCAGUUUCAUCAUAAGGACCCAGCCUGUGCUGGCCACCCUGGCAAAUGAAUGGAUGUACCAUAGUCCCAACAAGAGUUACUCUUCUGCUGCAUGGUGGGUAGAACUUUGGGGUUCAGUGUAUAUGGGUACCAUCUGGUGAGUCCUUGAUACUUAGGCUCUUUAGCAAUUACGGAUUUGUUGGUAUUGGGGAAAGAGGAAUGCUGAUUUUUAUAUAACGGGUGCACAAAGAAUAGCACCAUUUCAGAAUGCUGAUUUGCAGCAGAGGUGAGAUUGGAAAAUGGAAGAACAGACCGAUAAUUGUUUAGAAAACACACAAAAAUAUGAGGAGUUGUGACAGAAGGCAAAUGUGUCUUCAGGGGUCCCUAACACAUGGGGAGAUGUAAUGAUUUUUUUUUUUUUUUAGUUUAUUGUCACUUUCUGCUAAUCAUCAAAAUCCAGAACCAGGCUCCAGCCAAAUUUUAUCUCAGCAUGGGCCACCAAAAUCCUUGAUAAAAACCAGAUCACGAAUCUAGGGCUCUUGGUCCCUGUGGAGAAGGAAGGGAUAGCUCCCAGAUGAGUGUGCAUAGAUGCAUAUAUUCAGGAAUGGCUUGUGUGGUCUUCACACGUUGUGUCAAAGUUGCUGCUCUUUGCCCUUUUGUGUGCGUGGGUGGCCUCAGCCCUGCGUGUCAGCAGCGCGGGAUCCAAUGUGCCGCAGCUUUUGCAGAAAAAUAAUUCAGAAACACAAAGCCCACCCAAAGCUCCAUUAUUACUAUUUUUCAAUGUUUUCCUACAAGAGCCAAGUAGCACCAUGUACAGACUAUGCCUUUUUUAGAGGGAGGGGGAUUGAAAUUUUUUGUGCAUGUAAAAUAUGGGAUAAUUACUUGUUUAUAUUAAAAUUCUGAAUAAAUUAUCUGCGAAUA